GCUGGGUUCGCCGGGACGUCCAGGUUUACCAACAUUUUAUCUGUGGAGGAACACAGCUGAGGAAUGGGCUGCUUUUAAGCAAACUAAUUUCUACCAGCUACUGUCGGCUGGUUUUCCUACUAAGGAAGGACCUGCAGGACCUCGUGGAGAGAUGGGAAAACCUGGCAUACAGGGGCCACCUGGUGAACCUGGAGAGGACGGACAACCAGGGAUCCCGGGAGAAAUGGGGGACCCAGGCCCCAGAGGGCCCCCAGGACGGCCCGGGACCCCAGGCAGAGAUGGGGACGAUGGGGCAGACGGUCAGCCGGGGGCUCCUGGACCUCCUGGAUUGCAUGGUCCAUGGGGCCACAGAGGAGAACGAGGACCAAAGGGAGAGAAAGGUGAUGAGGGUCUGGUUGGCGACCGCGGGCCCUGGGGGGAAACUGGUGGGCCUGGUGAGAAGGGUGAAGCUGGGCUGCCUGGUCCCCCUGGUCCUGUUGGACUUCCAGGACACCAGGGGGUCCGAGGUGCAGAGGGGGAAGAAGGACCCGCUGGACCCGACGGGGAGAGCGGACUGGACGGCUCCUCGGGCCCCCCAGGGCCACCAGGAGCGCCGGGUUUGACCGGACCAGUUGGUGCUCAAGGAGCUAACGGCUCGAGGGGCGAAAUGGGCCCAGCUGGUGCUGUUGGCCUCCAGGGUCCUGAGGGGCCUCUGGGUCUGCAGGGACAGAUCGGACCUCCAGGACACAGAGGACCUCAGGGUCAUCCAGGACUGAUGGGCGCUGCUGGGCCUAAAGGAGAUCCUGGGCCUCUGGGGCCGGUGGGCCCCCGGGGGGAUCCUGGCGUUGAGGGCCCUACGGGUUUGCCAGGCAGGCCGGGUCAUCUGGGUUUCCCAGGAGCCACGGGGAACAGAGGAGCCGACGGAGACAAAGGAGACGCAGGAUCUAAAGGCGACAAAGGAGUUCCAGGGGCCACAGGCGUCUGGGGCCCUCAGGGGGAGCGGGGCCCCGUCGGUCUGCCCGGCUUCCCUGGGGUCAGCGGCCCGCCGGGCCCUGCAGGCACGGAGGGGACGGACGGUGAGGGCGGCCUGCAGGGGAAACAGGGCAGCCAGGGGUUAAAGGGGAACAGAGGACAAGAUGGCCGACCUGGCAAACCUGGACCAAGAGGCAACAAGGGUUUGUCUGGACUGAGGGGCCAUCCUGGCCCACCGGGCCCAAUGGGUUUCUCUGGGCAAACGGGACCGCGGGGAGCAGAAGGAAAGCCUGGUACACAGGGUUUGCAGGGCGCAGACGGCGGCGCCGGCUUCAGAGGCUCCAGGGGUUUUCCAGGAAAUGCUGGUGAGAGAGGAGCAGACGGGCCGCCCGGGUCACCGGGGCCACCAGGAAAGACGGGGCCCCCGGGAUCUCCGGGUCCACCAGGAGAAAAAGGUUUCACGGGGAAACCCGGCCUGGAAGGACCUCAGGGCCCAGUUGGCAUGUAUGGUGUAGUUGGGGCUCUGGGCAUGCGAGGGCCUCCAGGAUCAAUGGGAGAACGGGGUGAACCGGGGAUAAGAGGAUUACUGGGCCCUACUGGGAAGCCGGGUUCUAAAGGUCUGCCAGGUUCUCCUGGAGAGAAAGGACCUCACGGAUCUCAGGGCCGACCUGGAGAUGAAGGACCCAAAGGAGUCCUGGGACCGCCUGGCCCUCCUGGUCUUCCAGGUCCCAGCGGUGGGACGGGCAAACCUGGACCCAGAGGAAGCAUCGGGCCCCCAGGGCCUCAGGGGCCGCAGGGGCCAGCAGGAAUCCCAGCCCCACAAGGCGCUGAUGGCUCAAUGGGACCAGUAGGAGAAAAAGGACACAGGGGUUUCCCCGGACUGCCAGGCGAUCCAGGAGCCCCAGGACUGAGCGGACCGCAGGGUCUUCCUGGUCUUGGAGGAACCGAGGGUCCAACUGGAAGGAAAGGAGAUCAGGGGGAUCUGGGUUCAUGUGGGGCGCUUGGAGCUCAAGGACCCGAAGGGGAACGAGGAUCCGAGGGAGAUAAAGGCCCCCAAGGGCCACCGGGGCCAGCCGGCAGAGAGGGGGAAGUCGGGCAUCCUGGUGAACCUGGAGACCCAGGACCCGAAGGAGAGAAGGGCGAUGUAGGACUUCCUGGUCAGACCGGCCCAGAGGGCCCCUGGGGGUCCAUCGGGGAAAACGGGUCCCAGGGGCCCAAGGGAGAAAAGGGAAACAACGGGAGAAUGGGUGAGCCUGGAGCAGCCGGUGACCCGGGUCCUGGAGGUCUGUCAGGGCUCCAGGGGAUCGCGGGUCGUCCAGGACGACCAGGACCAGAUGGACCACCGGGAGAGAAGGGGGAACCAGGGCCAGCCGGACUCUCUGGACCUCCAGGAUCAGACGGUCCUCAGGGGGUCAUUGGACCCAGAGGGGUCAGAGGAGACGCCGGCGGGUUCGGACCGCCUGGUCAAACUGGUCAAGCUGGACCAAAGGGGGAUGAAGGAGCCAAAGGUGAACCCGGGAUGUUAGGGGUCACAGGUGAACCAGGAGUACCAGGCCCACCAGGAGAACAGGAUGAAGACGGUCUUCCAGGAAUCCAAGGUCCUUCAGGUCUACCAGGGUUGGAGGGACCCCCGGGACAGAUGGGAGCUCAGGGUCCUGCCGGCCUUGUAGGGGCUCCUGGAAUAUAUGGAAAACCUGGAUCUGAAGGGAAACAAGGCGCCAAAGGAGAAAAGGGAGAUGAUGGUGAAAUUGGACCUUCAGGGAAAACCGGUCCCAUGGGAAGGAGGGGGAGACGGGGAAAGGCUGGAGUCAGAGGGACCAGAGGAGACCGAGGACCAAAGGGUGAAGCAGGAGAAAAGGGGAUGACAGGCCUGCUUGGCUGGCCAGGAAGCAUUGGAAUUCCUGGGCUACCUGGAGAUCUGGGGGAUCAAGGUGAAAAGGGAGAAGAGGGUGAGAAAGGAGACAUGGGAAUACCUGGACCACCUGGACCUGAGGGCAAAAAGGGUAGUCGAGGUCCAGUCGGAUUUACCGGUCCAGCCAGCCAGAAAGGAGAACAGGGAAACAUCGGUCCGCCCGGGCCGAGGGGAGUUCUGGGAAUGCCCGGCUUACCUGGAUGGUUUGGAUUAAAGGGGUUGAAAGGUUACCAAGGUCAACCUGGACUUCCUGGAAGGAGAGGCCUCCCAGGCCCGCCUGGUGUUCCUGGCCCCCCAGGAAAGUCACUGAACAUGACUUUCACUCAAAUAAAGAGCCUGAUGUACAUGUCAGACAAGCCGAACUUCUUCCUGAUCCAGACGCUGCUGGACUCCCUGCAGCAGGAGCUGCGGCUGCUGCUGGAUCCUCCUGACGGGACCAAGCGGCGCCCGGCCACCACCUGCCUGGAGCUCUGGCUCUGCCACCCCGAGUUCAGCAGCGGUGAGAAACGGUCCAACGUUAAUGGAACCAUCAUCUCAUUCCUAAAGCAGGAGAUACAGUGUCCUAGUUCAAGAAGAAUCAUAUGCUAAUAUGCUAACUUUUCAAAUUAAAAGAUAUAAACUUGGA